UCGCCUCCGAUUCGCCUCCGUUUCGUCUGUCCGUUUCUCCGCCAUGGCGGUGCUGGCGGCGGUGAAAGCGUCGCAGCUCAUGGUGGCCUUCCUGGGCUUCGCGGCUGGCGUGGUGAUCACCAAGCUUAUGGGGAACGCUGCUGGCGGAAUGGGUCAGCGAGCCGCCGCGCGCGCGCCCAGUUUGCCGGAGGCGUUAGGUUUGCUGGGCGACGCUGGCGGGGCUGACGCAGCCGCCAGCGAAAAUCCGGAGCCGGUGGCUGAGGACUUGCAGGCGCAGGUAACCCUGCUCAGCGCGAAGCUCAGCGCUGCCUGGGGCGCAGCACCCUUUCCUUGGGACAUCCCCAACGAGUUCCUCGCAGAUUUGUCCGGCUUCAAAGGCCGAGACCCGUGGCUACAGCAAGGCCAAGCUGAACUGCUGGCCAAAGGCCUCUGCCUUGACAUCGGCCCCAAGCACCGACCCUUGCUGGACCCCAAGCACCCGAACGCGAGAUUCCUGGACCACGGCACCCGGGAGGAGAUCCAGUCAAAGUACUGGCCAGGUAACAGCUCUGAGGACGCCAAGAUGCGGGCCAUGGUGCCCUUCAUCAACUACGUCUGGGACCCCAGCAAGAGUUACUUGGACCUUGUUGGGGACAGCCGCUUUCAGCUGGUGUAUGCCUCGAUGGUGGUGGAGCACGUGCCAGACCUAGUGACCUUUCUGAACGAUGUCGCCUCUAUCCUGGUGGCUGGCGGUGAGUUCAGACUAGCCGUGCCAGACAAACGGUAUUCCUUGGACUUUCGCCGCAGGAUGAGCACCUUUGCUGACGUCAUGGGUGCCCAUUAUGACAAGUGUGCGGCCAAUCCAGUGUCGGCUGCCUAUGAUGAGCUUACAUUGGUCCCCCCAAAGUAUGAGGACCCAAAGGUUUUGUGGGCUGGCUAUCCACAGGACUGUGACCCUGUGCAGUACCAUGAUGCUGCCAUGCAGGAUAUUCGGGACAGCCUCCGUAUUUCCAACGGGAAGCUUGCAAUGAAAGCAGGCUUGCACCACUGGCAGUUCAUUCCCGGCUCUUUUGUGGACAUCGUCGCAAGGCUGCGUGAACUGACGCCCUUCACCGUGGCCCAGGGAAGCGUGGUUGAGACACAGCCAAACACCACCGAGUUCUUGAUCACUCUUGUGAAGCAGUGAGGUAGCCAAGGGCACUGCAAGUUGCUCUUUUCAAUCGAUGCCACGCCUGUCCGCUGUUACUUGCCCUUUAUGAUAAUUCUUGCAGAAAUUUAAGGACGGCUUGAAGUCCAGCAUCAACAGAGCAUCAUUCGGAGUCGGCAUGUGUGUCCGCAAACGCGCGAGCGUCUCGGCGAGUAGCUUGUUGGAUUUGACUCGGCCUGGGCCCAAAUACCGGCGUGGGCGGCGAGCUGUGAAUCGACUUCGUUCAGAACCGAAUUGCGGCA